AUGUCGCAACCCACAAAGGCAGUUGAAGACGUGUCAGCAUACACCGAGAUUGGAUUCAGCGCCUGCUGUUUCGUCGGAUUGAUGUUGGUGCUUUUGCACUACGUCUACAUCAUGCGGCAAAUCAUCGCCAAUCCUGCCAUCGAACGCACUGAGGUGUACUUCCUUUUCGGUUGGUUGGUUAUCACCGUGUUGUUGGUGUUGAUUAUUCUUGCCAAAGUGGUAUACCCCUUCCUUUACAGAGAUACUACUCUGAAGACCAAGAAGAACCAAUAG